GCCGUUGCGUCACAUCCGCUCAUCUCCAAUCCGGAAGACCGGGAGCCAUGAUGAUGCGCGAUCCGUUCGCGUUUUUUCCGUGAGACUCGCUUUGAUGGGACACACACACACAUACACAGAGAGAGAGAGAGAGAGAGAGAGAGAGGGAGAGAGAGAGAGGGAGAGGGAGAGCGUGAGUUUUCAGGGCGAGUAUGGAGGUAAGAAGACCGAGCUGAACGCCCGAAACAAACACCCGAAACUAAACCCCGUCCCGCUUCCGCUCCUCACCCGCACACAUCACCGCAGCUGCGGUGAAUACAGAAUCUCGUCUAAAUCAGAAGUGAACUGAAGUAUUAGUUAUAAAGUCACGGUCUGGAGCACGUAAUCCUCGGGCCGAACCAUUAUCCGCGGCGGCGGGGGUGUGUUACUCGGUAAACGGCACGGUUGGUGACUGAUGACGGUGUUCUCGUCUCGGUCGGGUCACUGUGGUCGUGUAAUAAUGAUGUUGUGUGUGAAAGUGAAGGUCAGUCGUUUGUUGUCGGUGUUGUCGGUGUUGUCGGUCGGACCCCCCCCCCGCGCGGCGGUUUGGUCGAGUCUCGAGUCCGUGAUCACUGCUCGACUGCGGCUCCUGCGGCGCGCGUAUCGCGAGAGCGUCGUGGACCGGUUAACGCGUUGAUUUCGCUCGUCUGAUCGGUGAACGGUGUUGUCGCGUCCGCUGAUCUGUGUCGGACCGCGGGUCUGUUUUCGCCGGUGUUGUAAGAGUCGGUUCCGCGCUGCGCGUCAGGCCCGGGGUCGAGCGAAAUGAUCGGACGCGCGCGGCCCUCGUGACGUCACGCGGAUCGGUCUUCGCCCUCUGACAGAUGUGUCGCGUCUGAUAGUCUGACGCUCCGCGAGGGUCGCUCUGACGCGGCAUGGACCUGAACUUUUACUCGGAUCUGUCGGACGGAACCGGGCAGCCCGGUGACCCGGAGUUCCUGGAUCCACAACCGUUUAACGGAUUUGAGAAGUUCCCGGGAGGAAGUGACAACUACCUGGCCAUCAGCGGCGAGGGCCAUCACUUCCUGUCCUCCUCAGAAGUGCGACUGUCCUCCACGUUCCCCGCAGAGGUGCGAAACACACGCUCGGUUUGUAAACUGGGUCAGGAACUUUUAGUCUCUGGCGGUGUGGGUGUUGAUGUUGUGGAUGUGUAGGCGGUGUGGGUGUUUGACGUGGUGUCUGAUUUCGGAGAGCUGGGCGAGGGCGGGCCGUCUGGAGUUCCCGGGAACGCUGUGGUCGGAGGAAACGAUCCGUCGUUCGCCUCUACCUUCGUGAACACGCCGUCACAGAGUCUGGAGCACCUGAGUCUGAUGAGCCAGCAGAGCGGCGGACCGAUGCUGGGAUCCACGCUGGGAAUGGUUUUUUUUUAUCUUAUUGGUUUUGAUUUUAGCAGCUCUUCUCCGAUGACCAUCGACGUCCCGCUGAGUGACAUCAACCACGGCCUGCUGGGCCACACCCAGCUGACCACCAUCGACCAAUCAGAGCUCAGCGCGCAGCUGGGCCUCAGCCUGGGCGGCGGCACCAUCCUGCCCCGCCCACAGUCACCUGACCAGCCGCUGUCCGCUGACUCACUGUCUGAUUCGCUGCACGACGACGACAUGGACGACUUCAGACGGAGUGUUCUGGUGGACUCCCCGGUGUCUCUGUCUCUGUCCGUGUCGUCUGGCGUCAUCUCCCUCUCGCCGUCUCUGUCGGAGCAGCCGGCCGUCCCAGCGUCCUCCUCUGCUCCCGCACGGAAGGGAGUCGGCGGGAAAAAGGGCAAGAAGAAGAAAGACCCGAACGAGCCGCAGAAGCCCGUGUCGGCUUACGCGCUCUUCUUCAGGGACACGCAGGCCGCCAUCAAGGGCCAGAACCCCAGCGCCACCUUCGGAGAGGUGUCCAAGAUCGUGGCCUCCAUGUGGGACAGUCUGGGAGAGGAGCAGAAACAGGUCUACAAGAGGAAGACAGAAGCUGCCAAGAAGGAGUAUCUGAAGGCCCUGGCGGCUUACAAAGCCAAUCAGCUGUCACAGCAGCCAACUAUUGAAGUGUUGGAGGCUCCUGCGUCUCCUGCCGCCGCCGCCGCCGUGGCCCCGCCUCCCGAACCCGCGCCGACCGCCCCCCCGACGCGUUCGUCCCGUAUCCCGCUGCACGCGCCCGACAACAACACCAUCACCAACAUCUGCACCUCCAACAUCAUCCUGGACCUGCCGCAGGUGACCACGCGCUCGCGCACAGGUGCGCACAAACCUCAGGCCCCGCCCCCCGCCAACAAGAUCCUCGUUCCCAAGCAGGUGCUGCAGUCGCCGCGGCAACCUCCGCCACUGCAGCAGAUGCAGAACACGCCUCCACCGCCGCGCCUGCAGCAGAUGGUACACUCCCCGGCUCCGCCCCCUCUGCAGGCCAAGCCGCGCGGAGCCGCGGGACAGGUGGUUGCCAUGGCGCCGCCGCCCCUGCAGAUCAAGAUCGUCCCGGCACCCUCACAGACUGACAUGAGCGCGCCUAUCGUCAUGACAACCGCGGCCUCAUCUGUGGUGGAGGUGCCGCCGCCCGCUGCCAUAGUAGCAGACCUGUCGCCGUUGGCAACCGAGGAGGUGGCUGAAGAAGGGAUGGAGGUGGAGCUGAACGUGUCUCCGGCUCCAGUCGCUCCUCCUGCAGACGCUCCCAGUGUGUGUGUCCGCGCCGGCUGCAACAACCCUCCCAUAGAGAGCAAAGACUGGGACCGAGAGUACUGCAGCAACGAGUGUGUGGCCACUCACUGCAGGGACGUGUUCAUGGCCUGGUGUGCCAUCAGAGGACAGAACUCAACCCCCGUCACAUAGAAACACAUGAACACAAGCCAGACGGACAGACGUGUGUGUGUGUGUGUAGCGUGAAGCUUUGGCUGAAUGAGAAGAGCUUAAAACCCCGUCAGAGACUCAACGUGAAACCGUUAAAUGCAUCUUCUCAUGCACAGACUGAUUCAGAGAAACGCAGCGGAAGUCUCGGGAUUUCUUAAAUAAUAAAAAGGGUGUUCAGGAUGAAAAAAGUGAGUAUUUAAACAGGUUCCAGUAAUGUAACUGUAUAUGACUGUGGUGUUUGGUGUCAAAGUGCAGGAUGGAGGCCAUUUUUACCAGGUGUGUUUGUUCUCGUGUCAAAACACAGUCCAGAAACACGUUUUACACAAGUAUGCAAACGUACACGUGUGUGCUUGCAUAGAGGGUGUCUCUGCUGUUGAGCACGUGUGUGUGUGUGUGAGCACUAAACCGAUUCUUAAGCUAAUAAUGGACAGACUGUUUUAAACCCAUGACGUCACUUGUGUGAAUUUUCCUGAUUUCGGCGCUUGCUUGAUUUAAUUUUGAACAAGGGUAAAGAUUACCAUGGUAACGUCAGUGAAUGCCCAAAAUUCCAUUGUUACUACGGUUACUGUUACAGUAGAACUGUGGUAACGAACCACUAUAAAAUCAAAAUAGAGAUCCAGCAAAGCGGCACUGUUUGAGGCGCCAUAUUUAUUGUGAUUUUAUUAUACUAACAGCAAUAACAGAUUCUAUUUACAUGAGUGCAUCUGGCAGAUGCUUUUAUCCAACGUGACUUGCAUUGCACUCAAGCUGUACAUUUGAUUUGUUCAUGCGUUGCCUGGGAAUCGAACCCGUGAGCUUUGUGUUGCUAACGCAGUAAUCGGGGAGACUGGUUAAUAUGGUAAAUUUUAAUAUCUUUCACAUCCUCAGAAUUUACUGUGACGCUGUGGAUUAAAAGCGAAUAGAUUUUAUAUUGGGGAAAUGUACAUUAUACAUUUAACUGCUCAUGAAAAUAUGAUUUGUUUUUCUUUUUCUGUAUUUCUUUGACUCUUUGGACUGUAUCAUCAUCAUCUCAGUUUUCUUACUGUGUUCAGGAGUUUGUGAGUUUAAACAAUCAAAUGGAAAAAAAUAAAAAUAAAUAAAACAGUAA